AACAACUUCAACGAGGGUGUAAUAAAAAAAAUAUGAAUUAUUUCACUAUUUUAAGGAAUAUACAACAUCCAUCUCGCACUUUCACUUCUUCGGCAGUAAAUCUAGUCAGCAAGCGUAAACAACAGUCUAGACUGAAGAAGAAGACAAACAUCGCUAGAAAGCAGGCUUUGAUCGAUGCAGAAUCUAGCAACUUACCUUCAGCUGCUUUAGGAUACGCACCAGGUCAAGAAGACGUAUGGUCCAACUCAGAAUUGUCAAAAAUAAUGCUCACUCCUCAUCAAGUCUAUAACAAUAUCGAUAACGUAUCUGGGAGAGCUUCUUUGGCUGAAAUUACAGGCGUCCCAGAUGAUCCAUCAGACGCUUUUCCAAACUUACAAAUACCUAAACUAUUAAGCAAACCAAUGACGAAAGAUGAUUUAUUGACAGUAUACAAAACACUUCCGUCUUUGUCAGCUCAAAGGGGUCUCGGUGGAUCAAGCUUACAAUCAGAUUUGGAUAUAGAGAAGAUCAUUCUGAAUGAGAAGGAAAAGUUGGAAACUUUCAGUCGCUUAAUUGAUCUCAGAAAUGCAUCAGCAAAGGGUAUAAUGUUGGAGAACAUCCGUAGAUGCAUAUCCGUCUUUGGUGAUGACCAUAUCAAUGAGAAGGCCAAACAUCCAACACACCAAGGUGACUCAGGAAAGAUUGAAGUACAAGCUGCUAUUUUGACCACUAGAAUAAGAGCAAUUGCUGAUCACUUACAUAUAAACACCCGUGAUAUACAAAACAGACGCUCACUUUCACAAUUAGUCCAACAACGAGCAAAAUUACUCAAGUACCUCAAGAAACAAUCAUUAAACCGUUAUGAGAGUGUUUUACCACGUCUUGGUCUCACAUCUAAGGCUAUUGAAAUGGAAAUCAAAGGAAAGCUAAUCUGAGGAACACUCAUGUAUCAUAAAAAA